AGUACAGCUCCACACCAGAGAGUUUUCUCUCAGCUGAAGUAGUCAGACUGCUGACAUAAUAAAUCAAAUGUUUUCCAUCUGAGAGUUUGCCAACACUUUCUCAACUGUGUAUUUGUCAGUGGACUGAGCAAUAUGGAGGGUGUCCCUCUGAAGUCCACACAAGCUGCUGUCCAACAAGAAGUCAAAGACGACAUCACGGUGACUGUCCCCGAUUACCUCACCAUCCUGCGGGAGACAGAGUAUGAAUUCAAUCUGGAGAACUGGGUGAUAACUGGGUUGCAGAGUGGCUUCAUCAACCAACAGCGGCCUCAGCCCUCCUCUUCAUUAGGACUGCUGCCAUCUUGUCCACCGUACUGGAUGAUGUUCUGCAGCCCACAGCAGAGCCGCAUGGCCAGCCGCCACUGCUCUGACUACUGGGAACCCAACCCUCGACAGCGUUCUCACAGCCUCAAUCCCGCUGUCCUGCGCACCAAGUUGUCAUACUCUGACGAUGAAGGAGAGGGCACUUCACAGAAAACCAAGACAUGUGUGCCAGUGGGGGAGGAGCACCCUCCUGCUCCACAUCAGCAAAGUCAGAGGAAAGCGCAGAGAGCUUUUGUCCCUGACCUGCUGAACCCGCCAGCCUGUCUGAGUAGCCUCCCACACCAACGCAGGAAAAACCUGCGUCAAUGUUCCCUCUCUGUGCUCAACGUGUCCACGCAACGAGAUCCAAACACAGACAGCCAGUCCAAGAGCCCUUCAUUAAACAGAAGCUCUGACAGGAGAAGUCCCAACAUCAGAGCCAACACUGUCGACAGGCUCCCCACCAUCAACAACCACAACACAGCAUGUAAGAAGUCUCUCAGACCAGACUCCGGCACAAACAUCCCUAGUGUGGACUCAUCUGUAGAGCUCCUAUCAGCUCUGAGCCCAGAGGAGAGAGAGCUACUGGGGGCCGUCACUGCUCGGGGCUAUACCCUCCAUACUGCCAUUAUUGCCUUACAAAGGACAGGACAGCAGACCCCAGAUCAGAUCUUGAGCUACCUGGUGGCAUGUGACCACCUGUGUCAGCUUGGUUAUGACAUGGCUCAGGUCGAAGAGGCUCUGGAAAUGUUUCAAAAUUGUGAAACCAAGGCGGAGGAGUUCCUUCAGCUGCUGAAUCAGUUCAAUGAGAUGGGCUUCCAGCAGAACGCCAUUAAGGAGGUGCUGCUGGUCCACGAAAACCACAGAGAACGGGCCCUUGAGGAGCUCAUGAUGCGUAUGGGCUGACAGCACAUCAUCACAACACAAAAUAUACACACAAACACACACACUAUUUACCUUUAUCACUGAAUUACUGCAGACAAUCUGACUGCAACCGAAAGUGUGUUUUUACGACAGAAACAUUAGAUGUCCAGGAUGAAACCAUAUGAAAAUACACAUCGUUACAGCUGGAGGCAGAGAAUGGUGGCGUUUUGCCCAUGAUGAUGAUGAUAGCAAUGAUGUGACCAUAUUGCACAUCUUUAUUUAUGUGUUAAAUAAUAUUUUACUCAUUACUGACCUAAAAGUGCUCAUUACAUUCAUAUUUUGUUUGAAUACAAAAACAUUGGACCAAACUCAUGUUAUCUGUAUAGCUGAAGUGAUGUGAUUAGCUGUUGUAAAUGUGAACAGAUUCAUUAAAGCUGUGAUAUGAAUUCA